AUGGCACAAAAUCUUACAAAAACUUCUUUUUCACUCAGUAACUUAAUCUAAUGCUAGACCUUUGGCUACAAAAGAUCAUCCGUAAAGGUGUUUGAUUUUGAGUUUAAGAAAGACUUGGCUGAAUAUAAUUAAGAGUUCGGUGUUCUCAGGAAAAAGCACAAAAAGGAGUACUGGGAGCAUUAAACUCAGGUUGAAAAUACUUUUCUAGAUAAGUUCAGGGAAGAAGGUCUCUAAAAGCAAAGAAGAGAUCUUGAUAGAUGGAGAACUAGAAUAUGCACAAUCAGCAUGUCUACUAAAAAUGAAAUUAAAGCAUUAGAGAAAAAAGAAGAUAAAUUGUUAGUGAACAUGACAAGGCAAGAUGUGCUUAACACAAGGAGAGCUAUGCAGACCAAGAUCAUGCUUGAUGUUAUGGAAAUCGAUUCAAAGAGAUGGCCAUCAUUAGCUGAAAUGAAUGAAAGAAUCAAUGAGCAUGUGGUGCUCCCUCAAACAAUAAUGAACUAUGAAGAGUAUUAGAGGAAAAUAUAAACCCUCGCUUUCUACAACGAGCAGGGUGACCAUGAGAACAUGCAGAAACUACUUGACAAAGAGGAAUCAAUGGAAAAGAAAAAUGUAUUACUUUAACCAAUCUACAGAGAUCUCAAGUCAAUGAUAAGACAUAUGUCAAACAAUGAAGAAUUUAAACUACUCAAGGAAUAUAUGGAUGCCAGAUAACUUAUCACUGAAAAUUUCCCUGAGAGCUCUGAAAAAGGAAAGGAGGGACUUGAGAAGUUAGAAUAAGAAUACGCAAAGCUCCUUAGAAAUUAUAAAAGAUCACUCUAGGAGCCAUCUAAGAGAUUAAAGACUAUGCAAAAGAGAUUAGAAGACCUGUUCAAUCUAGUAAGUCUCUGGUCUUAGUACGUUGAUAUUAUCUACAUGCCAGAUGCUGAAAUUGACAUUAUAGAUGCAGUCAAUAAAACUGAAGCCAGACCAGAAGAUGAUUCUUUUGCUUCUAAAGCUGAGGCAAAGGAUGUCAAGAAUAGAAUGGAUAUACUCUUUGGAAGAGACACAGAGGGCAAAAGGUCAAAGAAGAGUGUUAUUGCUAAUGGAGAGGAAGAUCCAUAUGAAACAGUUAAUGAGGGUGUGACAACAGACACUACUGAGGCAACUGAAAAGAACUUUAAAAGAACUACUGCAUUCGAUGAUGAUGAUAAUUUAGCUGCAAAAAGAGAUCUAAUGUAAGAUGAAGAAUCAACUCCUUAAGGGAAAAAGGGUGAAGUUGAAGAAGGAAUUUUAUCAUCUGAUGAAGAGUAAAUUCAGUCAAAGUCUGAUCCCUUAAUAAAUAAUCCUAAUCAAAGACAUAACAUCAGCAAGACUAUUUCCAGUUUCCAAGAUGAGUCACAAAAAUAAUUAUUCAAGGAUGAUAAGGAAAAGGAAGUUAUUGAGAUGAACUAUAAUCUAGCUGAUUAAGAUCUUGAGAGAUAUAAAGCUAAGCUAACUAACAAAGCAGAUGUUGUUAGAGGCAGAUUAUAAUCUUAGGACGAUGACUAUGAAGAUAAAAAAUUUGUCUCUUAAACUAACUAUGAGUCUUAACUAAAUACAAUGAACAUGCAGAAUCUAAACUUGUUUGGUGUCUAAAUUGGAGACUCAGAAGAUUCUUAAAAUUAGAUGAAUAAGGGUGAGACAGCUAAGAUCCUCCAGGAUCUAUUAGAUUUAACCGACUAGUUCGAUAGUGGAGAGAUGCAAGACUUCUCUUAUCGCAAAUCUUUCCCAUAUGAUUAAGAAGAGGCAGCCGCUUACUCAGCCCUGAAAUUUGAAGAUGAAUUGAGAUUACGGGCAUCUGUAGUACUUGACUAUUAUAUUCAAUAAGUAAGACAGCUUAAAGAUGAGGAGCUCAGUUUUACUGACAAAGAAAAAAAAGAUCAAGUAUUGAAACUGAUUACUUAGCUCAGUAAUGUCAAAAUAGUCGAUGCUCCUGUACUGAUGAAGAUCUACGAUAUCUAUAGACUUAGAUUAUGA